UUCAUAAUUCAAUAGUGAGAUUUAGAACUCAGAAGCGGAAUCUCCAUGACAACUCUUCAAGCAUCGACUUCCUACAGAGAUGGCGUUCUUCAUUUCCCGUCGUCGCCUAUCAGAGGCGCUUCCUUUCCAAGAUUCAGCCGUUGUGUCAUCUUCGCUAAAGUAAAACCAUCAGAGAAGUCUGUUGAAAUAAUGAGGAAGUUCUCUGAACAGUAUGCACGCAAAUCUGAUUCAUACUUUUGUGUUGACAAAGGUGUUACUUCUGUAGUUAUCAAGGGAUUAGCUGAACACAAGGAUACAUUAGGUGCUCCACUUUGUCCUUGUAGGCAUUAUGAUGAUAAAAAUGCUGAGGUAGCCCAAGGCUUCUGGAACUGUCCAUGUGUUCCUAUGAGAGAAAGGAAGGAGUGUCAUUGCAUGCUUUUCCUCACACCUGAAAAUGAUUUUUCUGGCAAUGAACAGACUAUUUCCAUGGAAGAAAUUCAAGAUUCUACAGCAAAAUUUGAAGCCCGGAACGACUGAAACUGUGGUUUGAUA